AUGCCUCUUCAAUCUCUCCACAUUGAUCGCGGUGCCGCGCGACGCACUCAGCAGAAGAGCUCGAAGGAGAAACCUACUCUCGGUAACCGUGGUACGUGGAUCAAGACCCGCAAACGGAACAUUGCUGCACCACUGGACCCUGCAUCAUUUUCGGAUGCAGUGGUCCAGAUUUAUUUGGAUAAUGCUGGUGAUUUGGAACUUGUUGCUAGGAGCCUUGAGUCUUCGGACCUUAAUUUCUCUAGAGACGGCUAUACUUUUUUUUUUGAGUCGUUGGAACUUUUUGAGGAAAAUGAAAGAAAGAAGCUUGCAAUUUUCACUGCCCUUGCGUUUUCCCAGAAAUUAUCUGGUCUUCCUCCAAAAACUGUGUUCCAGCCUUUACCAGAGUUCAAAUUUGUUCAAAUUUCUCCUUUUUUAUGUGGCAUGAUCCACUAG